GGAGCCUUGUCUCAUCCCCCUUGAACAAACAACCUACUGGGACGGGCCAGUUUCUCCGUCGACAACCACAUAAAUUCACGCCUAAAUUAUUAUUUUAACACAAUAUUUGGAAUCGAUUCUUUGGGUGUAGAAAAGCAAGAGAUGAGUCAGGCAGAGCAGGUGCUUGAGGGCACACCUGCUGACCUUACUGACGAGCCAAUAGAUUCAGACACCCUCAAAGAGCAUCCACCAACUCAGACGGGCAUGUUGGGCAGGUUGGCGGGGGGCUUGUACGGCGCCACCAAGGGGGCUUUAGGAGCUACUGUGGGCGGGGUGACCUGGAUAGGAGGAAAGGGCCUCGACCUCACCAAGACGGCCGUCACCACCGUGGCCGCCGUGCCCGCGGCCGGAGUGAGCCUCGUCAAGGGAGGGGUGUGCGCUGUCGCCGGAGGCGUUACGGCUGUCGGUUCCGCCGUGGUGAGCAAAGUUCCUAUUGGAGGAGGCAAAAAGAAGGACAAAUCUGACUGAUGGCAAGAGGAGCGCAAAGGCACACCGCCGGGAUGUCGGUCACACUGAGCGUUUGCUUCUUGCAGUAUUAGAUCAAGCCUGGUUGCAGCAGCAGAUGACGAGCAACACGGGACUCAAACAAUCAAUGUGAAUGUGUUGUUCUUUGCUUCUGUAUUCACUUUCUCCAAUAUAAUGGUGUGUUUGUAAGCUCCAAGUAAGAGACUGUACUUAUUUGUUGUGCAAGGAGCACUUUUCUUUUCACAUGUGGGUGUAGUGGUCCAAAUAAAAUGUCCAUGUCUCA